AGGAUUCCUUAUCGGAUUCAUAGAUACGAUCGAGAUAAAAGAUAAAAAAUUCUAUGAAAAUGGGGAAAAAACGUGAGACGACGAACGUGACGCAGAGAUCGAUAGGAACGGGCGCGUUCGACAGUCGCUCGUCGCGUUCGUAGCACGCCGAAGUGCGGACAAUCAAAACAGACGAUAAUUAAGGCGGUUUGUGAAUUCAUUAAGGGAGUUUGUGUUUUAAUAUGCGUCGAUCUCAAAACAUUUCAAGUCUUGACAGUUCAUAGAUUUUUCAUUUUUACUAUUUUUCAUCAAAAUGGCGUUUGUGCUGAUCCGAAGAAAACAGUCGAUCUACAUCUUGUUGACAGCCCUGAUGUCUGUCGUGUCACUCUCGAUACUUAGCACUGCCAUCGCCACUCCCCGAUGGAUCGAUGCAACUGCCAAUCCCAGAAACUCCUCAAAUCUCGACGUUUCCAUAUCCAACGUCAAUUAUGGACUUUUCAAAGGAUUUCUCACCAGAAGAUUAUUAAGCAGCCCCCUCGAAUACGAUCUUUUCUUCACUUGCGUUUGGGGCCAAAACGCGUGCGCCUGGAGCUGCCAACCGACGGGGACUCUGCGAGAAACCGAGAUUCAAGAUCUGCUGGAUGGGAAAACACCGAGUUUCGCGUGUCUCCCGUACUCGAGCGAAAGGAAUUCAGUGCAAUUUGUUUCAACUUUGAGAUCGCCGGAUAAUCGAAACGAGCGAAUAUUCAGCAACGCUGGACUGUGGCUUUCGACGCUUCUCUUCCUCGCUUUAUCGAUGAUCGCACUCCUCGCGAGCGCAAUUCUGUCGUUGAUCAAUUGCGCGAAGAGCCCAAUCGAAGCGUACUUCAACGUGCACGGGAUUUAUGUGACGAACGGGGUCGCGCUUGCCGCAAACGUUGCAGCGCUGAUUCUCUAUGGAAUUUCAUUUAAUUCGUACGUCAAAAAAGACAUUUCGAUCUACGACACGAUCGUCGGGGACUUUUAUUCCGAAGCCAAGCUGGAUUAUUCCUAUUGGAUUUUGCUGCUGCCGUGCUUGUUCGAUGUCGUCGGAAUAUUUCUCAUCGCGAUGCGGGAGUUUUUAAUCAACGGAAAAAAGGGCGAGACGAAUAUCGACGUCGUGGACGAUGCUCCGGCAACGGGAGUUCUCUUUUAAGGUCUUAUUUACACUUGCAGCGGGCGAAAUAACGUCGUUUUCUUGAUUUUUUUUUUCCGACAAGAAAAUAAAUGUUUGGUGAAAAAUUGUGAAGGAUUUUCGUUAGUACAGAUGUUCGGGUACUCGUGCUAUUUUUUCGAUCAAAAAACUUCUCAAAAUGGCGCAACUAUCCAGCUGCAUUCCAGCAGCACCUUUUUUCGAGCAUGGUGGACGUGAUAACUAAGAAUGCUGAAAAUAAAAAUUUUCAAAUUGCUUCCUCAAGAUGGUUAAGAUGCUUACUUUAUGAAGUAUUAUAUUUUUCAUUUUGGUUUCCUCAUACAGAAAGCUUUCAGCAUUCUUCUAAAAGCUUGAGCAAGCAGUUUGUUACUUUUAAUUUUUUUUUUAAAUCAAAUUUUUACUUAUACACAAUAUCUUACAAAAUUUCCAAAAAUUC